GAGAAGCGCCGUGAGCAGAGGCGAGGCAGCGAUGUUGCCACAUCCAGCGCCCAAGUGCCCGGAGCUGGAGCGGAGAAUCCGGGACUUCCCAAGAGAGAACAGUCUCCAGGGGGCCGUGACGGGAUUCCUGGGGGCGCUGGCUGCGGAGAGAGUGGACGUGACGCUGGAUCCAGACACGGCUCAUCCCGACCUCGUCCUGUCUGAGGAUCGGAAACGUGUGAGAUACGGAGACACGCGCCAGGAUCUGCCCGACAACCCAGAGAGAUUUGAUUAUUGUAUCAAUGUGCUGGCUGUCGAGGGGUUUGCGGGCAGGAGACGUUACUGGGAGGUGGGGGUGGGGAACAAGACUGAGUGGACUUUGGGGGUCUGCAGGGAAUCUGUGAGCAGGAAGGGGAAGGUCACAGCAUCACCUAAGAACGGAUACUGGGCCGUGUGGCUGAGGGACGGGGGAUACGAAGCCGGCACCUCCCCCUCCACCCCCCUCCCCGUGAGCGCCAAGCCCAGCCGAGUGGGGAUUUUCCUGGACUACGAGGCGGGCGAGGUCUCGUUUUACAAUGUGACUGACAGGUCCCAUCUCUUCACCUUCACCGGCACCUUCUCCGGGACGCUGCGCCCUUUCUUCUGUCCUGGUCUCAACGCUGGGGGCACCAACGCGGCUCCCCUGACCAUCUGCCCGGUGCCGGCCCAGGCCGGAGGGAAUCCCUGCCCCUGACAGUGACCCACAACACCGACUGGCCCCUCCCAGCGCUGCUGUUAUCUCCCCCUAUUGAUGGGAGCCAGUUACUGCAGGUACCUGGAUGUUUUGUGCCAACCAGUCGCUGCCCCUUUCCCUUUGCAACUGGAGCCUCCAGUGGAAAACCAGACACCUGGCAGCCCAGCCCAGUGUGGUGAAUGGGACCCCCUGGCUGGAAAGAACCCAGGUUGCCUUUCCCCCCUGCCCCAGGUCU